UGUUGCAUUCACUUAAUGCUCAUUUUAUGUACCUUGUGGUAGCUAGCAUAACGUAUACACGAUCAUCAGAGAUUUACCGAUAAUUUUGAAUGCUCAACGUAUACAAAUUAUUUGCGCACUUUUAUUUCAUAAAGACAACAUUGAAAGUAGAUUUCUGUGUCAAUGAAGAAAGUGAUGCUAUGUUUGCAAGCAACAUUUGGUGAAACUUCUAUGUAUACCAAGUGAACCAAGGAAUUUGUUGUAAUGUAUCUUUAUGAGCAACGUUAAGCAACAAGUUCUGAACAGUGGCGUGGCAAGGGUUCUCAACAUGGGCUCAAGUAAAGAAGACCUCGCCGCUGGCGACAGUGAUAUCGUCAAGAAAGGAUAUCUCAAGAAAUACAAAGGGCAGCGGAGUCGAUAUUUCGUCCUACGCUGUCAACAGUCGUCGCCGAAGCCGGCCACCUUUGCCAUCUACGACUCUGAGUCAAAGUUCCUUGAGAAACUCCCGCCUAAAAAGCAAUAUCUGUUUAACUCCAACAUACGCGUGGAGCCCAAGACGGACAGCAAGAGAGCCAAUGCGUUCUCCCUCUACGUCAAGGACGACGUCUGUACUUUGGUCGCUGCCAGCGCCGACGAAAUGAACGAUUGGCUGAGAGCCAUCCAGAGCGUCGCCGACACAUCCGACUGGGAACACGUGUGGCACGUAGAGGUCCAAACGAGAGGUGUAGGAGGCAGCAACGGAGGGGUGGCCGCCGGCCAUUCCUACCUCUGCCUCACAAAGCGGUCUCUGUCCAUCGUUUCCAUGGACGAGAGCAUGAAAAAGACGGACAUCGCCCUGAACACCAUCAGGAUGGUGGCGUACAACAACAUGUUCUUCUACCUCGAGAUGGGAAGGAUGGCUUCCACCGGCAGCGGCAGGCUAUGGCUUACAACUCAGGAUAGCAACAUCGCAGCCAACAUCUACAACGUCGUCGCCAGAGUGAUGAUGAACUUGUCUAAAACGAUGGGACUAGCUCCUCCUAACGCGUGUACAUCAAAUCCUGCUUGCUCGACAACUUUCACCUGCUCAGCGGCAUUCAGAUGCCCAGGUUCUACUUGCACAUCUACUUCAUCAUCUACUCCACGAGACCGCACUUCCUCCAUGUCUGCUACACACGCCUCGAAUUACACGAUCCGCGAUCGCAGUGGAAGCUUACCGUGCAAACCUCAUGGUCAUCGCAUACCGGUCCCAGGACAUGUUUGUGGGGCCGGGCACGGGGGCCCUGGGCACGUGUGCGGGCACGUGGGUCUGGGACACGUGUGCGGGACCGGGCACGGAGCCCUUGGGCACGUGUGUGGGACCGGGCACGGUGCCCCUGGGCACGUGUGUGGGACCAGUCACGGUGCCCCUGGGCAUGUCUGCGGGACCAGUCACGGUGCCCUUGGGCAUGUCUGCGGGACCAGUCACGGUGCCCCUGGGCACGUGUGUGGGACCGGGCACGGAGGGCCCGGCCUCGUUGGCUGGGCCAAUACGUGCGACGUACACGGCAGUCCCAGAAUUGGAUGCCAACAUCAUUCCCCGCGAGUGCUGGAGGAAGGCAGAGGAGGUCUUGGACCUCCUCCUGUGGAAGGCGGUGGAAGCCAUCUCGCCACCCACCAUGAAGCUCCCGACAGCUACGUGAUGAUGACAUCACCGCACGCGAGUGAAGGGAACUACGUAGACAUGACUGAAGCGUUAUUGUUAUCGCGUCAGCCUUCCUCUCUUCACCAUCACCAUCACCACCAUCAUCACUGUGAUGAUUAUCAUGACCACGAAUGCACGAACGCAAGUCACUUUACUACGGGUAGCAAUGCUUCUCAAUCAGCGAGCAACGCUUCUCAAUUUGGGAGCAACGCUUCUCAAUUAGGAAGCAAUGCUUCUCAAUUAGGGAGCAACACUUCUCAAUCAUGGAGCAACGCUUCUCAAUUAGGAAGCAACACUUCUCAAUCAGCGAGCAACACUUCUCAAUUAGGAACCAUGGAUUAUACUGUCCCAUCAUCGCCCAGUGAGGGGAAGGAAGACGGCGAUUACCUCAACAUGGCCCCAGCAAACGCAACGCUUCCUAAACCCAUUCCAUCCAGCGUCGCAGACGAAUCGCCGCCAGGCAGUGUCGGUAGCUCUUCCAAUUCUGGAGCGGAAACUCCGUCUGAACAUCGGCUGGAGCCUUCAAAUCCCUCUGAACAGAAUCAGGAGCCUUCAUCAACAAGCUCACUACAUCAGCACGAGAAGAACGUCAAUAUGCUUGGAUGCUGUCAGCGGAUAUCCUUGGCUGAGGAGGCCAUACUGACGCGCAGCAAUGCCAGCAUGGAGACAGACUCUAUCCCUGAUGUCGAAGAGGUUGUGGACGAUAUCUUGGACGGCGCGUCCAUUGAAGACGACCGAAGUGCCCAACUGAGGCAGGAUGACGAAGGAAGCGUGCGGUUAAGUCAAGACGAUGAAGGCAGCGCUCGGUAUCGUCUCGACUCUCUCGACCACGAUUUGGACAUGGACUUGGCAGACCAGAUGGACAUGGACGAUCAGGUGGACGGCUCUGUACCUUCCAUAAGCCUUGGAGCCCUCGACUCAUCGAGGACUUUGGACACUCCUCCAUUGUCUGCUCUGCGUAGUGGCGCUAACUCACGUGGAUGUUCCUCGUCUAUUCUGAGCAGCAGUGUACCGUCAUCACAUCCUAUGCAUCUGCAUCAUUUACAUCAUCACUACCCGCCACUACAUCAACACAGUGAGUCUCUACCUCACCAACACGACGAUGAAGACCUCACCAACCAAGAGCGGCCCAUCAGGACGAGUUCAGUUGGCAGUCGACCAGACUUCAUCAAGCGUAAAAACAGACCCGAUGCAGCUCCGCUCGAGCCGCCACGCACCCGGGCUUUCUCCGUGGGUUCCCGCGUGAGCCUGAAAUUUCUGAGCAGCCUGACGGGAUCGACAAAAACAUCGGGAGCCGAAACGACGAAUUUAUAUGGAUCGAGCGGCGGAGGAACCUCAUCUACGACCUCGUCUGCUUGCUCUACUCCCAUCAGCGGAGCUUCUAGAUUCCUCAAUCAUUUCCGGAGCAUCAACGACAGCAAUUACGUUGGCAACUCGCAUAACAAUUCACACUAUUCCCUCAUCACACCACGCGGAGGACCGAGAACCAUUUCUCCAUCGUCUUCAUGUUCUUCGUGCUCUUCCUUUACUCCUUAUCCGGAGUUUUGCCCCGCGUCCGGUGGCAUCACCGGCGUUCAUGGACGAACGCGAGCGGCCAAGUCCAAGAGCUCGAGCACGCCCAUGCUGGGCGUUUCGUGUGCGAGCCGUUCGUGGUCUGACACGUCAGGCUCGUAUUUUCGUAACCUCUUCUCGUCUCGGAGUCACGACAAGCAGAAAGAUAGCCUCAUGCUCGUAGACUUCUCUAAGAACCACAAAAGUUACGACCACAUCUCGAACUCCGACGACUCAAAAGAUAAGAAGAGUCGCAGCAUCGAACGUUUCAAACAAACGUUCGUCAAACAUCGAUCGAGCACUAAAGGCAAGAAGCGGGUCUCUGAAGGCGACGCGCAAUCCAUGUCAGCUAAUCGCGGUGGUGGUAUUGAAAUUCCUGGUGGACAUUCGGACUAUUACCCGAUGGACUUUAACCCAAGUCCACGCAGCAAUAACAGCAAUAAUAGCAACACGAGCACUAAUAGCGAUGUUCCGCUCGCUGGCUACCUGGAUUCUAAUCAAAGUCCACGCAGCAACACGAGCAUCAAUAACGAUGUACCUCCCGCUGGGUAUCUAAUCAUGCGACCAGGUGCUAGUUUGUCUCAGUCUUCAACUUCUAGUGUUGAUUAUGUUGAUAUGUCUACAAAAUCAUCCCAUGGAGUAAACCCAAGUUACGCUGGAUCCACUGCUCCACCUGACGGCGGUUACUUAGAGAUGACAGCAGGAUGGAAACCUUCAGAACAGGUUUCGUCCAUCUUAGGGUCUGGCGGCGAUGGUUACGUAGACAUGACGCAAGGUAGUACGGGUCUGAGUGUUAGUGCUGACUCAUCUUCUUCGGGGUCAUAUGUUGUGAGGCCUAGAAAAAUUUCAGCUUCCUUGUCCCUUAAAUCGUCAAUUGAAUUGCCAUCGCCGCAAGAAGAACCAUCAGAUAUUGGCUAUCUUCAUGAGUUGGAUAGCAAAAACGCUUCGAAACAAAAUAAGAAAAAUCGGAAUAAAUCCAUUAAAGAAAACAGUAAGAGGAAGAAAUCUGAUCCUAGCGGUGGUGAGAGCAUAGCAGAGUCUUUGAGAAACCGCGGUUCUAGUCACUUAGCUUCCAUUUCUUCUUUCCUCACUCGAAAAAAUUCGCAAAGUUCCUCAAUGAAAUCUCUUUCACCAACCGGAAGUCCGCUGCCGAAAGUCAGCCGUAAUUCGAGCAGUCCUUUUCCAAGUCUCGGUCGGAGCAAAAGUAAAGAGGCGCGAGACUCGGCCAUUCAAGCUGCUUCGCAGUCUCCGUCGUCGGGUCUCACGACAACCCCGGGUUCCCUGGGCCUCCUAACUAGCAUGUCGUCGAGCAAUUCUCAACUGUUGUCACCGAUCAACUACUUCAGCUUCAUGCAGAGCAUGGACAACCCAAGUUUCCGGGAUGACGACCCUUUAGAAAAUGAAAAUUACUCGACGCUGGAUCCUUUGAUGAAUUCCGGCAGCGGAGGCGCGCCACGGAAUCUCUUGAACCAGGAUCUACAUAGUCCAUGUUUCGGUGAUGGCAAAUUUGGAUGCCGAUGUUAUGAUCUUCCUCCACCGUGCAGCUGUUAUUGUGCCGAUUCCCGCUACUUGUUCAUGGGCUCAUCCUGCGCUGGGUCCACGCAUCAGCAGCUGAGGCCAGCUGGCGACUCGUCUCAAUUUAAGAAUAAAUCGUCAGACCCUCUCAAAAUGAACGUCAAUUAUUCUCGGGGAGACGUCGACCGUUCUACUACGUCGUUGUCAUCUAACCCUCUCUUUACCGGUAUUAGUCUAAGGAAUAGUAGUUGUAAUUGUUUUUGCAAUAGACAUCCGUGCUCUAGGUUACUGCCGAAUGGAAAAUUGCCGCAAGUCGACAAUAGUAUUCUUUCUUUCUUAAAGAAUAACCAGUCACAGUCCGAGAUGGGAAGACUUACAGAAUCGUCCCUAGAAGAAGCCAAACCUGGUUCCUCAGAACGGAAAGAUGCUCCGGACACCGCUAACUACGUUAACAUGUGUCCGCCGGUCAUGGAGCGCAAGAAUUUAGUAUUGCUUAACUUUAGCUCUAAAAGUGCGAGCGAUAAACCGGCAGCACUUGCACCUGUAGAGGAGCGAAAAAUUCUUAACACUGACCCUGUAAGUUCUGGGUCACCCAUCACUUCUCCGUCUGAGUAUCUUGAUAUGGACAUCAGGAAAAACAAUCGAUUCUCGGCGUCUUCAAGCAGCAGUUGUUCGUGCGGUUCUUCGACUUGUGUUGACUCAUCGCCUGAGUCACGUGAACGCAGCUCUUCUACGAGUACCUCGAAUGUAGUGAAGAGGCCUGCUCUCCCUCAGGCUUUAGUUGGAAUGCGUAUGGAACCUUCGGUGCCUUUGGAGCAGCUUACUCUUAAUGACGCGGCCGCUGAACCUCGCGAUCGCAAUGAAUUUCCCGCGUUACAGAUGGUUAGCGAAAAAUGUGCGAGUAACCUCGUCUCUGCCUCGAAGCCUGGGGCUAUUAACAUCCCGUCCGCCGUAGCUAACGAAGUAGGUAAUAGUUGCUGUGGUAGUUAUGGAGAACGUUUCCGUAGCCAUAGCGGGCCAGGAGCGCCUGAGAGUCACAAUGGCAAAGAUUCUGCAAGGCUAGAUUCUUGUGAAGACGUCCCACGCAGGGGAUCUGAUGGGGAGACUAGGGCGCUCUCUGCCUGCUCGUCCCCCAUGUCGUAUUCUCCCCCAACUUCACCAAACCUCGCAUCUUCUUCUAAGUCAUCAUUAAGCGAAGGUGGAAUGUCUUCGGCUUCCUCCACGUGUACCGUAGUCAAUGUAGGCCUUCGACUGCAGCAGCAACAGCAACACGCAAAUCGAAAGUCUCACGGUUCAGGCUCAAGCACAUCAACCAAUACCGACUCGUGUUCGGGGACAGUUCCUAGUUCAUUGAGCUCUAGUAUAAUUAAUGUACCUUCAGUCAUUCAAAAAAUUACCAAACCCAAGUCCACCUCUCCUUCUGAGCCAUCUGUAUGCAGCACAGCUCGCCCACAAUAUGGCAGUACACAUCCGGAGACGACUGCUGUACAGCGUCCAAAAGAAAAUAUAGUGUAUGCUUCCCUUGACUUAACGCCUCCUAGACAAGCCGUUCACGGAGCUGAGGGCAAUAAAAAACAACGUCAUAGUUCCGGCCAGACAUGCAGCUCUCCUGCGAUGCCGAAUUCUGAUAUGUCAACAUCGUCUUCUAGUCUGAACGAAUCGAGCACGAGUCUAUCAUCAGAUCCAACCAAAGUGUCGGCCGCUGCUACCAAACUCGUUGCUACUUCGAGCAAAAUAGCGAAUGCAGCUUCGGAAGCAACUGCGGCGAACUACUCGGAAAUUGACUUCAAGAAAAGCGAAAGCCUGCGAACUGCUUGCUUGGCUGCACGCGAUGCUCUCAGACAUUGACGUUAAUUAUAGCUCAGGAUUUAGUAUGCUAAUUUAAGAUUAUUUAUAAGAGUUGUUAUGUAGGUUCCAGGCGCUUAUCGCAUGACCGUGGUAGCGCACGAAGGUUUACGACAUUGUAGAAUUUCUGUAUUUUCAUAAGAAAAUGUUGAACAAAUUGUUUAAAGCCUCGGCCAUCAACAGAACUAAGGAACCUUGCGCUUAAGAUUCCUUUUUAAGGGCUCUUGUCACCCUGCGGCGCUCUGGAUUAAAAUUACCUUCUAUAAAUAAAUAGGAGUGAAUAUUGCCAAAGUCGUUUAAGCCUUCGUUCCAUAUUUCCAAAUUAUAUAUUUGUUAUAGUUUUUCUUUCAUUUGUAUGUGAAAAGUAUUUAUGUGAAAUCGUUUAUCCCUUCGCGAAUAAUUAGUUAUGGUAGCUAUAAAUUCAAAAUAACCUUAACUAUUACCAGGAUGAGAUGUUGUUGUGAUAUUGAUAAAUGUCUACGUAAAGAUAAAUUACUCCUACGAGGUCUGCAUGAUCAGGUUACUUGAUACUACAAUAGCUCGUCUAAUGCUACAACAGCUCCUUUAUUUGUGUUAUAAAGAACAAGAAUUUUUCAGUUUCAUUGAAGAGAACCGCUUGCGCUUUGAGCACCUACAUGGAGUAUAGCUGGAACGCACUAGGCAAAGUCAUUUAUAAAUUUUUAUUGGUACAUUAAAAUUAAUUUUUUUAUGGUGCCCGAUCGAGAGACAGGUUAAGAAAAGGUUUCUUUGGCAUAACAAUAAUUUUUUUUAUAAAGGUAUUCUUACGGAAGUUUGAGUCUGCAUCCCGGAAUCUAAGUUUUUAUUGUAGAAAAACUUUUGUUUACAAUUGCAUUUGAUAACUGUAUUGAUAGUUCUAUUGAACGAGAUUUAUUCUUCGAGAUUUUAUUAAAAUUUAGGGUUAUUGUUGCAGCUAUUUUUGAAAUUCGUAUGCAUGUCAUUGAGUGUCUGUCCGUAGGCAUUGGAUGCGCUAUUCAUUUAAAUUAAUUAAUGGCAUAAAUUGUCGAAUAAGUCAUUGUGUAUUUUUUAGCGUUAUUACGAUGUACGAUUUUACGUACCAUUCAGAAUUUUUAUAGAAAGAUUAUUAAUUCGGCGGAAGUGUGUAAUUCUGAAAGUCAUUUUAUGAGAACGGCUGAAUUCUACGGGAUAACACAUAUGAUUGGGAAUUUGAAUUGAAUUUAUUAAGAAAUAUGUUGAAACAUUAAGACCUGAUUUGUAAUCAUCUGACUGCAAUUCUUAUGUAUUUAUCAGAAUAUCAAGUAUGAAUUUUAUUCUUAUAGACAGCAUCCGUAUAGAUAGCGAUUUCUGACCUGAUAGCAAAACAAUACCAUCUUAUUUGACUACGUUAAGACCUCACAAAUUUAUACAUAAUUCUUGCAUCUCGUCAUAAUUGUUCGCAUUUUGACCCUCAAUAACGGUUAUUGUAUUGUGAAAUAUCGUAUUAUAAAAUUCUAAACCAUGAAAUCCACUGAGUAGCCAUUAUUCAGAACUUUGGGAACACAUUCACCUGACACAUGUCUUUAUUCCACUUAAUUUCUGAAUAUUUUUCUAAUUGGCGACUUGAGAUUCAACAUCUUCAUUGACCAGCUGAUGGUUAUUUAAAGUAAUGUGAACGUUGUAAACACUGCUGCUUAUUAUCUAUCUAAUUAGUCUGACAUAUUAACAUCCGAUUGUCUUGAAUUCUCAAGGAAAGAUUGAAAACGUGGAAGUAUCUGCUAAUUCAUGAUCACACUAGGCAGAGUGGCAGGAUUCUGGUAAAUUACCUGACGUUAAUUUCAGUUUCCAAUUAAUAAUUGUUCAUUGCGUGGUAUUCCCUAAUUAUCUUAGGUUCGGUGUCGUAUCGCCCAUUGAUUUUUUCAGGAAACAUUGACGAAAAAAAAUUAUCAAAUGACGAAAACGAUUUUGAACAACUUUAUGGUUUCACUAGCAUUUUUAAAUCUCCGCCUACUGAUGAUCGGUGGAUUUAUCUACUCUACUUACGAAUAACUGAAUAUUGUGAAUGUUUCAACAUGUCCCUCCUAUAUUGAUGUGCCCCUGUCCCGGCCACGGCAGCUUCCGCUUCUUCCUCUUCCCAGACGAAGGACAGGCGGUCGCUGCACAUCGUGCAUGUGCCUCCAAACAUCAGACGAAUACAGACCGUUAUUACUCGCCCUGAAGCUCUUGCGUCUGCUUUAAAGAGCAGACGAAUUUCUCGCCUGGAGGCUCUUGCGUCGGCUUUAUAGAGCAGACGAAUUUCGGGCCUGAAGGCUCUUGCGUUGACUUUAAAGAGCAGACGAAUUUCUCGCCUGAAGGCUCUUGCGUCGGCUUCGAAGAGCAGACGAAUUUCUCGUCUGUAGGUUCUUGCCUAAGUUGUUGGCUGGAAAGGAGGCACCGAAGUAUAGCUUUACUUUGCUUCUGCUUACGACUGAGGCAAACUGUAUCUGCUCAAUGGCUCCUAUGUUCCAUAUGUCAUCUCUGGUCCUAUUAAUAACUCCUUAGGUUAUGUCAGGCCGUCACCAGCGGCCUCGUAUUGUUUAAUAUGCCAAUAGCUUUAUAUGUGCGUUCGAGUGGUGGAGCUUGUGCUCUAAAUGUAGGUUUAUUUUGUUGGAUUAUCUUUUGUUUUAAUCUUUUCAAACGAUUUAAUUUAUUGUUACUGCUAACCAUGCAUGGCACUCUAAAUUGUAUUACUGACACGGUAGCAGUCAUUUACUACGGAGAGGCUGUUUCUUUCUGAAAGAAAAAAAAAAUAUACGAAGAAAAAACAUUUUUCUGAAAGAAACUUUUAGCAAUCGCCAUGAAGCUUCCUUGAUAAUGACUGUUACAGAUUCAGUAAUGAACCUUGGCCAUAAGUUGUGUCGGCGAGCUACUGUUGCCACGAGGCGCGCGAGUUUGCUUGUGCGAAGAAAUGGUGUGUAUGUUUGGCUGAACAAAUUACUUUUAACAGGCGCUGGUAACCGUUAUGUUCACUCGAUUCAAGUAUUUUGGCUUUUUCCGUGAUGUUAUUCAUGAUUCUAUUUUUGGGUAAGAAUAUCGCUAAUA